AUGGAUUAUAUUACCUCAAAAUUCAAGAACCCAUUUCACAAAAGCGAUGUGUCCAACCUUAACAGUUCUCCAUCUAUACCAGAUGGCCUUACACCUGAACAGACAACCAUCUACAAAGAUAUCAUACGUAUAGUCUCUGCACGUUCCCAGGGCUAUGAGAUUCCACACGUUGUUGUCAUCACGGAUAUCGGCAAAGACUAUGAUGACCUGACUGCCAUGAUACUUUUGAAGGAACUCCAUCGCCUGGGCGCUAUAAAACUCGAAGGGUUUAUCGCUAAUCUGACUCCAGAGGAUUUGAGGGCACACCUCGCACGUAAAGCUCUCGACCUCCUCGGACUUAGGGACAUACCUGUUGGUCGAGGGACUAAAGGUGAACCACCCAUCCCCAAAAAGGACGGGGACACGUACAAACCACCGCCGGCUUAUGAGUUCCCUGAAGGGAUUAUGGGGAAGGAACCAUAUCCUGCUCAAAAGAAAGGAAUAGAUCUCUUGCGGCAGCUUGUUAAAAACGCCAAGAAAAGCGGUUAUAAAUUAACCUUCUUGCUUCUAUCUUCGCUACAAGACAUAACCGAGUUCAAGAGAUCAUUACAACGAUAUUCCAACUCACAAUCACUACUUUUGGAGCAGAUUACAUCCAAGGUCAUCCUACAAGGCGCUUAUCACCUCAAAACUAAGUAUCACCUCAAAACUAAGCGACGUUACUCUCUAUACACAGCAAGCCCCCAACGCUACACAGUCCUCGUAGCCGAUAGCGUAGCUAAUAAUGACGCCAUGCGAUCAGAUGCCGAAGAGUUCCAUAACUUCCUAUACCAACAAGGAGUCCCUUCAGUCGUGUAUACCAGGAAUGCAGCCUUCGAGACCCCCCUCACUUAUACGAUAUUCAAGGAUCUAGCCGCUACAAAACACCCCUUAGGAGUCGCCUUAUACGACAUUGAGAAACGUCAGAAUCUAGCCUACUAUGCGGGUGCUUGCAGGGUAGAUGGCGAGGGAAACCCUAACCCGGUUGUCGAAGGACGCAAUCAAAAGUGGUUCUUGGAAAACCGAAGCACGUUCUACGACAACCCUCUUCUAGAUAAGGAGAUCCUCCCCGAUCCGAGCCCCGAAAAAGAAGCCAUACUUCCUUUUUGCAAGGUUAUAGUCUACGAUGCGUUAGCAGCGCUUGGUACAUCAGGCGACGACAUUCUAGAUGCUUUAGAUGUCCUGCGAGAUCCUGACUAUGACAAUGCGAUAGUCCAUAGCAAGCUACAUCGUGUCGUGGGAAUCGAUCCGGAAAUUCGUAAGCAAGCCGCUAUCGAGAAUCGCAUCCCAUUGGCCGAUGAGCAAGCCUCAGCGUCGCUCGCAGGCACCAAUCCGGAGAGGAUGAAGAACGUGAUUGAAGCUCUUUUGAUUGGAAGCUUGCUGGCAUCUAACGCUGAGAAUGCUUCAAAAAGGAUUAGGCAUUGA